AUGCAAGCCAAGUUUCUACUGCUCCCACUCCAUACGCUUGCAGGCAUUGCGGCUGUAUUGCCUGUAUUCAACAAGACCAAUACGGAGAACAUUGGGGACAAUCAAACCGACGUCGACGUACAGCCAGCUCCUAGUUUUAGAAGAGCCGACGUGAUCGCUGAUGAAAUGAGGGAUGGAACAGGUGACGGUCGGCCAGGAAAAGUUCCUUACCGCAAACUUCCGCCUUGCUACGUCAAAUGUUUUGACUCAGAGGGUCAAAAAACUUGGCCAGCCAUUGGCGACGUGCGAGACCUCACUGCAGAUGAGUUCUGCCACUCACAAUGGACAUGGUCGGGCAACUGGAUUAAGGAACAUUUGCAGUUCUGUGUAGCUGGCGAAUGUGAUUCCUGCCCUCGCCACUGUUACGACCCUGCCAAGAAGUGGUUCGAUGAUGUUUGUGGCAGACCAGGCCUGUAG